CCACAAGCUGGCCCCUUUGCCCCCAGACACCCAGACAUCUGCAUCGGCAGAUCCUCUCUCCUCAGGGAGGCAUGCAUUUGAUGCUUGAGCUCCCUGACAGUUGAGGUCCUUGGCAAGUGAUGUGUGAGUCCCAUGUGUCACCGGAAGCUCCCCACUCCCAUCUGGUGACCAAAGACCUGGCCACAAGAGGUGGGUCAUUCCUCCUUCACCCAGACCUUGCCGCUCAAGUCCCCCUUGUCAACUGGGACAUCUCCAACAUGGCCUGGACGCUGUCACUCAUCUUGAUCACGGCCCAUCCAGGAUCCUGCGCUCUCUGGGUGUCCCAGCCCCCUGAAAUUCAUACUCAGGAAGGGUCCUCUGCCUUCCUGUCCUGCUCCUUCAAUGAUGGCCGAGGGAGACUGGCCAUUGGCUCUGUCACGUGGUUCCGAGACAAGGUGACUCCGGGGAAGGAGGUGAGGAAUGAGAACCCAGAGUUCAGGGGCCGCCUGGCCCCUCUUGCCUCUUCCCGCUUCCUCUGUGACCACCAGGCUGAACUGUACAUCUGGGACACCCGAGGCCAUGACGCCGGCGUCUACGUGUGCAGUGUGGAGGUACUGGGCCUGGGUGUCGGGACAGGAAAUGGGACUUGGCUGGUGGUGGAGAAAGGACCUCCUCAGCUAGGGGCCGGCACAGUCCUCCCCCUUUGGGCUGGACUCUAUGCCUUCAGCCUUCUGUCUGCGGCCAUGGGCAGCACCCUCCACUGCCAGGGCAAAUGCCACUGUCACAUGGGAACACACUGCCAAUCCUUGGACGGCCGCUGA